UUUUUUUUUUUUUUUUUUUUGUGGGCUGUAUUUUAGGACACCCUUGUCGAAACAAAUUUUGUUUACGCCGUUGAACCGUGAACAGUCAACACUUCUGGUCUCUCUCUCCUCAGGCGUCACGUACUCGGAAAGUUCGAGAAGGUCGACGGAGAAACUGAUUUCUGUAAGCGGUAAGAAAGCCUUAAUGGAAGGAAAUGGGAAUGAUGCAAAAGGGGCGACAAAAACUUCAGUUGUGAAUGGUGAUGGUGUAACUGUGAAGGAUUGCCAAAAAAUGAUCCAAAAAAGCUUGCGAUCCCCUAUGGUGAAAUUUCUGAUGGAGAAUUUGGAGAAAUCUGGGUGUACCAUUGGAGAUAACUUCAUAAAAGCUGUUAAUUGCCAGCAGAAAGUUGCUGGUGGCUAUACUCGUGGCGGAGGGAUAAUAGUAUGUAGCAAUCAUAUGAACUUGCAAGAUGAGGUCGACCAAGUUUUGAUCCAUGAGCUCAUUCAUGCUUAUGAUGAUUGUACAGCGAAAAACUUGAAUUGGGCUAACUGUGCUCAUCAUGCUUGUAGUGAGAUACGUGCUGGCCAUUUGAGUGGUGACUGUCACUUCAAACGAGAGCUAUUGCGUGGCUAUAUGAAGCUCCGAGGUCAUGAACAAGAUUGUGUGAAGAGAAGGGUGAUUAAAUCAGUGAUGGCUAAUCCUUAUUGUGCUGAAACAGCUGCGAAGGAUGCAAUGGAAGCUGUCUGGGAUACUUGUUACAACGAUACACGGCCUUUUGAUAGAGCUCCUUGAGAUACGCUAGCUUGGCUUACACAAUAUUGUUUCAAUGAAAAUUAUGUCUUUUUUCUUAACAUUCUGAUCAAUUUUUGAUUGUUUCCCUGCUUCUCAGAGGAUCUGUUUUAUUUGCUAAAAGGGGUGGGUUUUACUGGAAUAUUAACCGACAUUAAUAAAAACAAAAAAAAGGUCUGAACUGCUUGGACAUGAUUCCGGUCUUC